AAAGUUGGUGGGGAGAUUGGCAUCCCUAUCAACGACACAGAAAACACUCGGAUGUUCACCGAGACGGUCGGGUGGGCUGAACACUGCUCUAGUUACCACGGAUCAGCUUACCUGUGGCUUGGGGCUCAUGACGGUAAUGUAGAAGGCCGCUGGGAGUAUUUCGAGUCCAAUAAAACAAUCACGUACCAAGGACGCUGGCGUGGAGGUAGCCCCAACGGAGGCACUGUCGAAAAUUGCUUGGUGAUGAUGUAUGGUCCUGGCAUCAAUGGACUCUGGUCCGAUUUCGCUUGCUUCGAUUCACAUAAAAAAUGCAUGUUUUGUGAAUUCAAGAACUACACAACAAUGUUCCUAAAAGGGCCUCUCACGUGCAAAAAUUCGCCUUUCAACAAUAGAUUUAUCUUACAUAGAAGUGUCAAUAACCGGCCUUCACUCACUGGCUACCGGCACUCCGACAUCUUUUGGAACAACGAAACCCAAGCGUGGAAGCUGGCUUCAAAAAAAACGCCGGGUGCCUCGGCUCUGCACAUUCCUGAUUCGCCCUCUGAUUAUCCUUUCGGGACGAAAACGUGGGAGGUGGAAUCACAAAUUUGUGGAUACAAUCGAGGUGAAAAGGUUCAUUUGACCAUAUCGGCCUGUUUUCCUGGCGAGUACACGUGUGAUGAUGGUUCCUGCAUAGACUUGCGCAAGAAGUGCGACCUCAGAGUGGAUUGUCCCGACAACAGCGACGAGACGAAAUGCACUCUUCUGAGCAUCCCAAUCGGUUACAGCAACUCAAUCCCACCGCCACCUCUUGUUCAGAGUGAGCCGCUGCCAGUAAAUAUAUCUGUGUUCAUAUCUUCAUUCCCUGAAAUCAAGACUGAAGAUCUCUCCUUCGAAACAAACUUCUUGCUGCUGUUAAUGUGGCAAGAUUCGCGCCUCAAAUUUUUUGACCUGAAAAAUGAACGUUCCCUCAACAUGCUGACGCCCGAGGAGGUACAGAAAAUUUGGUUCCCGGAAAUUUUCUUCUACAACGAUAAUGGAAAUCUAUAUUCCAAUCUGGAGAAAGGAUCUCGAGUUGAGUUAAUCGCUCGAGGAACAGCUGUCCAAGGAGUAUCAGACAACUCGGACGAAGGCGAUUAA